AUGGCUUUUUUCGAUGAGCAGGAGUUAAUUGACCGGAUUCGGCAUGAGUUACGCAUAGAAGACGACUCAGGGACAUGUUCGAGAGUUGUGGCUCCUGAACCCUUUCAAGUCUUCGAAGUUUGCAAAUCGAGCACAGAUUUUAUGUCAGCAUUCAGAUUCCUUAAAGAAAAUAGUGCAUCGGUGGAGAAUCCACUACUAGGAUAUGCUAAAUUUGAAGCAGUUGGGAAACAAGCUUCGAAAACAAUCUUAAUUCUGUAUAAUGCGAAAGAAUAUUUGAUUGUAGAGGUCAUCGGUUACUGCCUUUACAGAAUUUUUGCUGAUAGCGGAAAUCCUCUAAGUGGAAAUGUGGACGACUACCAAUUGCUUAUGGCUGACGACGGUGGAGAAGUUGAGACAGAUCUUCCUCCGCUUGAUAGAAGCAGGUCCAUUGGUGAUUUGGGGUUCACAGUACUCGCAUUGGUUUCCAAGGCGAAAUCUACAAGUGGCGGUACAAAGCCUACCUAUAGAGUGAUUGUGUACGUAUUAGAUUUUUAUUGCUAA